GGCGGCAACAUGGCGGAGUGAGCGGCGGCGUCGGGGCUUCACAACAACAGUGGCGCUCGUAGCAGCGGCGGCAGCGGCGUCAAUAGCGUCGGCCACAGCCUGAGCUUCAGCACCGGCCAGCGCCGCGACCAGCUGCUGGCGCCCCAGGGUUGUUCGGAGCGGCGGCAGCAUCUCCGCGGGGGGCGGGCCGGGCCGGACGGACCGGGAGGGGGAGAGAGAGCAGGCAGCGGCGGCGGCAGCGGCGGCAGCGGCACAGCUGCUGGGCGGGCACUGCCGCUCGCCGGGCAGCGGUUAGCGGCGCCGCCACCGCCGGGAAUCGGGCUGAGAAUCCCUCACCGCCUCCGCCAGGGAGGGCGCCGGAGCGGGCCGGGCUGAAGCACAGGCGGGGAGCGGGCCCGGCGCCGCGGCGCUGGUGGAUGCUGGGGCUCCGAGGCGACGGCCGGGGGGCGGGGGCCGAGGCAGGUAUAACGGUACCGGCGGAGGCAGCGCUGCUGCUCUGCUCUUCUCCUCAGGAGGGGGGCCAAUGGCGAGCGAGAAGCCGGGCCCGGGCCCGGGGCUCGAGCCUCAGCCCAUGGGGCUCAUCGCCGUCGGGGCCGGAGGCGGAGGCGGCGGGGGCAGCGGCGGUGGCGGCAUCGCCGGCAGCGGGAUGGGGGAGCUGAGAGGGGCGUCCGGCUCCGGCUCGGUGGUGCUCCCCGCGGGGAUGAUUAACCCCUCGGUGCCGAUCCGCAACAUCCGGAUGAAAUUCGCAGUGUUGAUUGGACUCAUACAGGUCGGAGAGGUCAGCAACAGGGACAUCGUGGAGACGGUGCUCAACCUGCUUGUUGGAGGUGAAUUUGAUUUGGAGAUGAACUUUAUUAUCCAGGAUGCUGAGAGUAUAACUUGCAUGACAGAGCUUUUGGAGCACUGUGAUGUAACAUGUCAAGCAGAAAUAUGGAGCAUGUUUACAGCCAUUCUACGAAAAAGUGUUCGAAAUUUACAGACUAGCACAGAAGUUGGGCUAAUUGAACAAGUAUUGCUGAAAAUGAGUGCUGUAGAUGACAUGAUAGCAGAUGGCAGCCUACGACUAGAGUUCAGAAUAACUUUAUUUUCCUUUGAAGAUCUUCUAGUUGAUAUGUUGGGGGUUCUUGCCAGCUACAGCAUCACUGUCAAGGAGUUGAAGCUUUUGUUCAGCAUGCUUCGAGGAGAAAGUGGAAUCUGGCCAAGACAUGCAGUAAAAUUAUUGUCAGUUCUUAAUCAGAUGCCACAAAGACAUGGUCCUGACACUUUUUUCAAUUUCCCUGGUUGUAGUGCUGCGGCAAUUGCAUUGCCUCCUAUUGCAAAGUGGCCUUAUCAGAAUGGCUUCACCCUAAACACUUGGUUUCGUAUGGAUCCGUUAAAUAACAUAAAUGUUGAUAAGGAUAAACCUUAUCUUUAUUGUUUUCGUACUAGCAAAGGAGUUGGUUAUUCUGCUCAUUUUGUUGGCAACUGUUUAAUAGUCACAUCAUUGAAGUCCAAAGGAAAAGGUUUUCAGCACUGUGUGAAGUAUGAUUUUCAACCACGGAAGUGGUACAUGAUCAGCAUUGUCCACAUUUAUAAUCGAUGGAGGAACAGUGAAAUUCGGUGUUAUGUCAAUGGACAACUGGUAUCUUAUGGUGAUAUGGCUUGGCAUGUCAACACAAAUGAUAGCUAUGACAAGUGCUUUCUUGGAUCUUCAGAAACUGCUGAUGCAAAUAGGGUAUUCUGUGGUCAGCUUGGUGCCGUGUAUGUGUUCAGUGAAGCACUCAACCCAGCACAGAUAUUUGCAAUUCAUCAAUUAGGACCUGGAUAUAAGAGUACUUUCAAGUUUAAGUCGGAGAGUGAUAUUCAUUUGGCAGAACAUCAUAAACAGGUUCUAUAUGAUGGAAAACUUGCAAGUAGUAUUGCCUUUACAUAUAAUGCUAAGGCUACUGAUGCUCAACUAUGCCUGGAAUCAUCACCAAAGGAAAAUGCAUCAAUUUUUGUGCAUUCCCCACAUGCUCUAAUGCUCCAGGAUGUGAAAGCAAUAGUAACACAUUCAAUUCAUAGUGCAAUUCAUUCAAUUGGAGGGAUUCAAGUCCUUUUUCCACUUUUUGCCCAAUUGGAUAAUCGGCAGCUCAAUGACAGUCAAGUGGAAACAACUGUCUGUGCUACUCUUUUGGCAUUCCUGGUUGAACUCCUUAAAAGUUCAGUAGCCAUGCAAGAACAGAUGCUGGGUGGAAAAGGCUUUUUAGUCAUUGGCUACUUACUUGAAAAGUCUUCAAGAGUUCAUAUAACUAGAGCUGUCUUGGAACAAUUUUUAUCUUUUGCAAAAUACCUUGAUGGUUUAUCUCAUGGAGCACCUUUGCUGAAACAGCUUUGUGAUCACAUUUUAUUCAACCCAGCUAUCUGGAUACAUACGCCUGCAAAGGUUCAACUUUCUCUAUAUACUUAUUUGUCUGCUGAAUUUAUUGGAACUGCUACCAUCUAUACUACCAUACGCAGAGUAGGAACAGUAUUACAGCUAAUGCACACCUUAAAAUAUUACUACUGGGUUAUUAAUCCUGCUGACAGUAGUGGAAUUACACCUAAAGGAUUGGAUGGUCCCCGGCCAUCACAAAAAGAAAUCAUAUCACUUCGGGCAUUUAUGCUGCUUUUUCUGAAACAGCUUAUAUUAAAGGACCGAGGGGUCAAGGAAGAUGAACUUCAGAGUAUAUUAAAUUACCUUCUUACAAUGCACGAGGAUGAAAAUAUUCAUGAUGUGUUACAGUUACUAGUGGCUUUAAUGUCAGAACACCCAGCUUCAAUGAUACCAGCAUUUGAUCAAAGAAAUGGAAUCAGGGUGAUCUACAAAUUAUUGGCUUCUAAAAGUGAAAGUAUUUGGGUUCAAGCUCUGAAGGUUCUGGGAUACUUUCUGAAACAUUUAGGUCACAAGAGAAAAGUUGAAAUUAUGCACACCCAUAGUCUUUUCACUCUUCUUGGAGAAAGACUGAUGUUGCAUACAAACACUGUGACUGUCACCACAUACAACACACUUUAUGAGAUCUUGACAGAGCAAGUGUGUACUCAAGUUGUACACAAACCACAUCCAGAACCAGAUUCUACAGUGAAAAUUCAGAAUCCAAUGAUUCUUAAGGUGGUGGCAACUUUAUUAAAAAACUCUACGCCAAGUGCAGAACUGAUGGAAGUUCGCCGUUUAUUUUUAUCUGAUAUGAUAAAACUUUUCAGUAACAGCCGUGAAAAUAGAAGAUGCUUAUUGCAGUGUUCCGUGUGGCAGGAUUGGAUGUUUUCUCUUGGCUAUAUUAAUCCUAAAAAUUCUGAGGAACAGAAGAUUACUGAGAUGGUCUACAAUAUCUUUCGUAUUCUUUUGUAUCAUGCAAUAAAAUAUGAAUGGGGAGGCUGGAGAGUCUGGGUGGAUACACUUUCAAUAGCUCAUUCCAAGGUCACUUAUGAAGCACAUAAGGAAUACCUUGCCAAAAUGUAUGAAGAAUAUCAAAGACAAGAAGAAGAAAACAUUAAAAAGGGAAAGAAAGGGAAUGUGAGCACCAUCUCUGGUCUUUCCUCACAAACAACAGGAGCAAAAGGAGGAAUGGAAAUCCGAGAGAUAGAAGAUCUCUCUCAAAGCCAGAGUCCAGAAAGUGAAACGGAUUAUCCUGUCAGCACAGAUACUCGAGACUUACUCAUGUCAACCAAAGUGUCAGAUGACAUUCUUGGAAAUUCAGAUAGACCAGGGAGUGGGGUACAUGUGGAAGUGCAUGAUCUUCUAGUUGAUAUAAAAGCAGAGAAAGUGGAAGCAACAGAAGUAAAGCUUGAUGAUAUGGAUCUAUCACCAGAGACUUUAGUGGGUGGAGAAAAUGGUGCCCUUGUGGAGGUUGAAUCUUUGUUGGAUAAUGUAUACAGUGCUGCCGUUGAGAAACUCCAGAACAAUGUACAUGGAAGUGUUGGGAUCAUUAAAAAAAAUGAAGAGAAGGAUAAUGGUCCAUUGAUAACAUUAGCAGAUGAGAAAGAGGAACUUCCCAAUAGUAGUGCAUCAUUUCUUUUUGAUAAAAUACCCAAACAGGAGGAGAAACUCCUUCCUGAACUUUCUAGCAAUCACAUCAUUCCAAAUAUUCAGGACACACAAGUACAUCUUGGUGUGAGUGAUGAUCUUGGAUUGCUUGCUCACAUGACUGGGAGUGUAGACUUAACUUGUUCAUCAAGUAUAAUAGAAGAAAAAGAGUUCAAAAUUCAUACAACAUCAGAUGGAAUGACCAGUAUUUCUGAAAGAGACUUAUCAUCAUCAGCUAAGGGGUUAGAAUAUGCUGAAAUGACUGCAACAACUCUGGAAACUGAAUCUUCUGGCACCAAAAUUGUACCAAAUAUUGAUGCAGGAAGUAUUAUUUCAGAUACUGAGAGAUCUGACGAUGGCAAAGAAUCAGGAAAGGAAAUCCGAAAAAUUCAGACCACUGCUACAACACAAGCUGUUCAGGGUAGGUCUGUCACCCAACAAGAUCGAGAUCUCCGAGUUGAUUUAGGAUUUCGAGGGAUGCCCAUGACUGAGGAGCAGAGGCGCCAGUUCAGUCCAGGACCCCGGACUACAAUGUUUCGAAUUCCAGAGUUUAAAUGGUCUCCAAUGCAUCAGCGACUUCUCACAGAUUUGCUAUUUGCAUUAGAAACAGAUGUACAUGUUUGGAGAAGCCAUUCAACAAAGUCUGUAAUGGAUUUUGUCAAUAGCAAUGAAAAUAUUAUUUUUGUACAUAACACAAUUCACCUCAUUUCCCAAAUGGUAGACAACAUCAUCAUUGCUUGUGGAGGAAUUUUACCUUUGCUCUCUGCAGCUACAUCACCAACUGGUUCUAAGACGGAAUUGGAAAAUAUUGAAGUGACACAAGGCAUGUCAGCUGAGACCGCAGUUACUUUCCUAAGUCGACUGAUGGCUAUGGUUGAUGUCCUUGUGUUUGCCAGCUCUCUGAAUUUCAGUGAGAUUGAAGCUGAAAAGAACAUGUCUUCUGGAGGUUUAAUGCGACAGUGCCUGAGACUAGUUUGUUGUGUAGCUGUGAGAAACUGUUUAGAAUGUCGACAAAGACAAAGAGACAGGGGAAACAAAUCUUCCCUUGGAACCAGUAAACCUCAGGAAGUUCCCCAAAGUGUGACUGCCACAACAGCAUCAAAGACUCCCUUAGAAAAUGUUCCAGGUAACCUUUCUCCUAUAAAGGAUCCUGAUAGACUUCUUCAGGAUGUUGAUAUUAAUCGCCUGCGUGCCGUUGUCUUUCGGGAUGUGGAUGACAGUAAGCAGGCACAGUUCUUAGCUCUGGCUGUUGUUUACUUCAUUUCGGUUCUGAUGGUAUCUAAGUAUCGUGACAUAUUAGAACCCCAGAGAGAGACUGCAAGAACUGGAAGCCAACCAGGUAGAAACAUCAGACAAGAAAUAAAUUCACCAACAAGUACAGUUGUGGUCAUACCAUCUAUCCCUCAUCCAAGUUUGAACCAUGGAUUCCUUGCCAAGUUAAUUCCUGAGCAGAGCUUUGCCCACUCAUUUUACAAAGAAACACCUGCUGCAUUUCCAGACACUAUAAAGGAAAAAGAAACACCAACCCCUGGUGAAGAUAUUCAACUAGAAAGUUCAAUUCCUCAUACGGAUUCGGGAAUUGGAGAGGAGCAAGUGGCUAGCAUCCUGAAUGGGGCAGAAUUAGAGACAACUCCAGGCCCUGAUGCCAUGAGUGAACUCUUAUCCACUUUGUCUUCAGAGGUGAAGAAAUCACAAGAGAGCUUAACUGAAAAUCCCAAUGAAAUGUUGAAGCCUGCACCAUCCAUAUCUAGCAUUAGUCAGACCAAAGGGAUCAAUGUCAAGGAAAUAUUGAAAAGUCUUGUGGCUGCCCCAGUUGAAAUUGCAGAAUGUGGCCCUGAACCUAUCCCAUACCCAGACCCAGCAUUAAAGAGAGAGACGCAAACAAUUCUUCCUAUGCAGUUUCAUUCCUUUGACAGGAGUGUUGUGGUGCCUGUAAAGAAGCCACCUCCAGGUAGUUUAGCUGUAACCACUGUGGGAGCCACCACUGCAGGAAGUGGGCUGCCAACAGGCAGUACCUCUAACAUUUUUGCUGCUACUGGAGCUACACCAAAAAGUAUGAUUAAUACAACAGGUGCCGUGGAUUCAGGGUCCUCCUCCUCUUCCUCCUCUUCUAGUUUUGUGAAUGGUGCUACCAGCAAAAACCUUCCAGCUGUACAAACUGUUGCUCCAAUGCCAGAAGACUCAGCUGAAAACAUGAGCAUCACUGCAAAACUUGAAAGAGCUUUAGAGAAAGUUGCUCCUCUUCUUCGUGAAAUUUUUGUAGACUUUGCCCCAUUCCUAUCUCGUACACUUCUUGGCAGUCAUGGACAAGAGCUAUUGAUAGAAGGCCUUGUUUGUAUGAAGUCCAGCACUUCCGUGGUUGAGCUUGUUAUGCUACUUUGCUCUCAGGAAUGGCAGAAUUCUAUUCAGAAGAAUGCAGGACUUGCAUUUAUUGAACUCAUCAAUGAAGGAAGAUUACUGUGCCAUGCUAUGAAGGACCAUAUAGUUCGUGUUGCAAAUGAAGCUGAGUUUAUUUUGAAUAGACAGAGAGCUGAGGAUGUACAUAAACAUGCAGAGUUUGAGUCCCAGUGUGCCCAAUAUGCUGCAGAUAGAAGAGAGGAAGAAAAGAUGUGUGACCAUCUUAUUAGUGCCGCUAAACAUCGUGAUCAUGUAACAGCAAAUCAGCUGAAGCAGAAGAUUCUCAAUAUUCUCACAAAUAAACAUGGUGCUUGGGGAGCAGUUUCUCAUAGCCAGUUGCAUGAUUUCUGGCGUUUGGAUUACUGGGAAGAUGAUCUUCGCAGAAGGAGACGAUUUGUUCGUAAUGCCUUUGGUUCCACUCAUGCUGAAGCAUUGCUGAAAGCUGCAAUAGAAUAUGGUACUGAAGAAGAUGUAGUAAAAUCAAAGAAAGCAUUCAGAAGUCAAGCAAUAGUGAACCAGAAUGCAGAGACUGAACUUAUGUUGGAAGGAGAUGAUGAUGCCGUCAGUCUGCUCCAGGAAAAAGAAAUUGACAAUCUUGCAGUUCCCUUUCUUGCCAAGCUGUUCAUCUCAAGAGGCCCAGUGGUUCUCAGCACCCCUGCCCAGCUCAUUGCUCCAGUGGUUGUGGCCAAGGGUACUCUCUCCAUCACCACGACAGAAAUCUACUUCGAGGUAGAUGAGGAUGAUCCUGCCUUCAAGAAGAUCGACACAAAAGUUCUUGCAUACACGGAAGGACUUCAUGGAAAAUGGAUGUUCAGUGAGAUACGAGCCGUAUUUUCAAGACGUUAUCUUCUACAAAACACUGCUCUGGAAGUAUUUAUGGCAAAUCGAACCUCGGUAAUGUUUAAUUUUCCUGAUCAAGCAACAGUUAAAAAAGUUGUUUACAGCUUGCCUCGGGUUGGAGUAGGGACCAGCUAUGGUCUGCCGCAAGCCAGGAGGAUAUCGUUGGCCACUCCUCGGCAGCUUUAUAAAUCUUCCAACAUGACUCAGCGCUGGCAAAGAAGGGAAAUUUCAAACUUCGAAUAUUUGAUGUUUCUUAAUACCAUAGCAGGACGGACAUAUAAUGAUCUGAACCAAUAUCCUGUGUUUCCAUGGGUGUUAACAAACUAUGAAUCAGAAGAAUUGGACCUGACUCUUCCAGGAAAUUUCAGGGAUCUAUCAAAGCCCAUUGGUGCUUUGAACCCAAAGAGAGCCGUGUUUUAUGCCGAGCGCUAUGAGACAUGGGAAGAUGAUCAAAGCCCACCCUACCAUUAUAAUACACAUUAUUCAACAGCAACAUCUACCUUAUCCUGGCUUGUUCGAAUUGAACCUUUCACAACCUUCUUCCUCAAUGCAAAUGACGGAAAAUUUGACCAUCCAGAUAGAACCUUCUCAUCGAUUGCAAGGUCAUGGAGAACUAGUCAGAGAGAUACUUCUGAUGUAAAGGAACUAAUUCCAGAGUUCUACUACCUACCAGAGAUGUUCGUCAACAGUAAUGGAUAUAAUCUUGGCGUCAGAGAAGAUGAAGUGGUGGUAAAUGAUGUUGAUCUUCCCCCUUGGGCAAAAAAACCUGAAGACUUUGUACGGAUAAACAGGAUGGCCCUGGAAAGUGAAUUCGUUUCUUGCCAACUCCAUCAGUGGAUCGACCUGAUAUUUGGCUACAAACAGCGAGGACCAGAAGCAGUCCGUGCCCUGAACGUUUUUCACUACCUGACCUAUGAAGGCUCUGUGAACCUGGAUAGUAUCACUGAUCCUGUGCUCAGGGAGAUUCCAGAAACUUAUUUCAUUAGAGAUCCUUAUACAUUCCUCCUUACAAAGGACUUUAUCAAGGCCAUGGAGGCACAGAUACAGAACUUUGGACAGACGCCAUCUCAGUUGCUUAUUGAGCCACAUCCCCCUCGGAGCUCUGCCAUGCACCUGUGUUUCCUUCCACAGAGCCCCCUCAUGUUUAAAGAUCAGAUGCAGCAGGAUGUGAUAAUGGUGCUGAAGUUUCCAUCAAAUUCUCCAGUAACUCACGUGGCUGCCAACACCCUACCCCACCUGACCAUCCCUGCAGUGGUGACAGUGACCUGCAGCCGUCUAUUUGCAGUGAACAGAUGGCACAACACAGUAGGCCUCAGAGGAGCUCCAGGUUACUCCUUGGAUCAAGCCCAUCAUCUUCCCAUUGAAAUGGACCCAUUGAUUGCCAAUAACUCUGGUGUGAAUAAGCGGCAGAUCACAGACCUUGUGGACCAGAGUAUACAAAUCAAUGCACAUUGUUUCGUGGUCACAGCAGAUAAUCGCUAUAUUCUUAUCUGUGGAUUCUGGGAUAAAAGCUUCAGAGUUUAUUCUACAGAAACAGGGAAAUUGACUCAGAUUGUAUUUGGCCACUGGGAUGUGGUAACAUGCCUGGCCCGGUCGGAGUCAUAUAUUGGAGGGGACUGCUACAUCGUGUCUGGGUCGCGAGAUGCCACCUUGCUUCUCUGGUACUGGAGUGGGCGGCACCAUAUCAUAGGAGACAACCCCAAUAGCAGUGACUAUCCUGCACCAAGAGCUGUUCUCACAGGCCAUGACCAUGAAGUUGUCUGUGUUUCUGUCUGUGCAGAACUUGGACUCGUUAUUAGUGGUGCUAAAGAGGGUCCUUGCCUUGUCCACACCAUCACUGGAGAUUUGCUGCGAGCCCUUGAAGGACCAGAAAACUGCUUGUUCCCACGCUUGAUUUCUGUAUCCAGCGAAGGUCACUGUAUUAUAUACUACGAACGAGGCCGAUUCAGCAAUUUCAGCAUUAAUGGGAAACUUCUGGCUCAAAUGGAGAUCAAUGAUUCAACACGGGCCAUUCUCCUGAGCAGCGAUGGCCAAAACCUAGUGACUGGAGGGGACAAUGGUGUGGUGGAGGUCUGGCAGGCCUGUGACUUCAAGCAGCUCUACAUUUACCCCGGUUGUGAUGCUGGCAUUAGAGCAAUGGACUUGUCCCAUGACCAGAGGACUCUGAUUACUGGCAUGGCUUCUGGUAGCAUCGUAGCUUUUAAUAUAGAUUUUAAUCGGUGGCAUUAUGAGCAUCAGAACAGAUACUGACGAGAGAUGAAGAACCACAAGCCAAGCUAAAGCCGAGAGCACAAGUGCGGCAUGGAAAGGCAAUAUCUGGUGGAAAAACCUCGUCCACAUCGGCCUCUGUUUGUACAUCCCAUCACACCCAGCAAUAGCUGUACAUCGUAGCCAGCGACCAUUUUACUUUGUGUGUUUUUUCAGGACUGAACACCAGCUGCUACCAAGCAAGCUUGUAUCAUGUAAAUUAUAUGACUUAGGAGAUGUUUUGGUAAUUAUUUCAUAUAUCGUUUAUUGAGAAAAGGUUGUAGGACGUGUCACAAGAGACUUUUGACAAUUCUGAGGAACCUUGUGUUCAGUUGUUACAAAGUUUAAGCUUUGAACCUAACCUGCAUCCCAUUUCCAGCCUCUUUUCAAGCUGAGAAAAAAAAAAAAAAAAACACGUUUGAUACUUUGUACAUCAGAUGCAUCUUAUUUAAAGGGAUACUUUUGUAAAAGUAAAACCUUGUAUAAAGAACAAGUUUCUUAAUUUUAUUGUGGAGUUACAACUUGCAUGUUCUUUACUCCUGAUGUCUCAAUGGAACAGGUGCAUUCACUCUAUGAAACAGAAAGAUCUGUCCAAGGACACAGCUUGUACAAAAGGGUUGAAUUUGGGCUCUAUCAGUAAUAUUUGACAUUUUCACCAAAAUAUGGUUUGCACUUUUUAAUCUAAAUUCAUCCCUUCUAAGUGAAAUUUGCUCAUAAAGCAUUUGGAUACUAAGCCAUUAUUUGCCAUGUUUGGUACUUUAUACAAAGAAAAUUCAGCCCUACCCUUUAUAAUUUGAAGAUACAGCAGAAAGGGGGCUUAGGGAUGAGGUCCUGGUUUUUAUUGUAUAAAUAGGAGUCAUGAUCAUUAGUUCCAUAGUAAUGACUUCCCAACACCUGGGCAUCUCUUCCAGAGUCAUCCCACUGGCUUAGUGUGUAUACAUUAGGGGAGGAGAAUGAUGCUAACUUAAUUUUCCCUCUUUGGUUCUUGAAUAGCUUAGUUUCUUUAAUAACAGGUCGGACUUUAUUACAACAAUAACUGAAGUUAUUCUUUUAAGUUCUUGUGAAAUUCUCACCUAAAACCACAUUCUUAGCCUAAGGCACUUCAUCUUUUAUGAUACAAGAUGAUGGCUGUCAAAUGAUUUUCCAUACCUUGUACUGAUCAAGUUACACACCCAGGGGUAUAUACACUUUAUUCAUGUUUCUUCUUUGUAUAUUUGGUGACUGUAUCGUCAUAGAUGUACAUAUUGUGUCGGUAGGGCUAUGAGGCAUGUUACAGGAAUGUAAUUUUCUCAGAAUUUACACUCACUUGCAGUCAUUUAUUUAAAAAGAUAAAACAAGAUAAUGGGUUCUUUGUAUUGGCACUUUGCACCAGAAACAUAUCAUUAUUUAUUGAUGUGAUUACUUAUUUGUUAUCCACCUUGUACUAGUAAGUUUUAGCACUGAAUUAUUCCUUCUUCAUUGUUGUUUGUAUUUAUGAAACUCUGAAAUUAUGGGGAAUCAGUGUAAUGAUUAAGUUAUUCAUCACCAGGCUGUAAGCAAUAUCUUGAGUUUAUAGCUUAGAAUUGGGAGGAUACUGAACAUCUGGAAGACAAGUUCAUUUCAUCUUAAGAUCAUGGUGAAAUAUUUUGGAUAUAUAAAUUCCUUAAGCUAUUGUAACCAUGUUUUAUUGCAAAGAUGUAAAAUAUGCCAGAUGUGUGUGAGUUGGAAAUCAAAAAAAAAAGAAAAUAAAAUAUGCAAAGAAUUCACUGAUUGUUUCACUUUUCAUUGGACCCUUCAGUAACAUGCAUUCGUUAAGUUGACAUACAAGUUUAAAGAAUCAGCAUUGCCUCAUGUAAGGGCCUAGCAUCUAAGAACAUGAAAUAAAGUCCUAAUGAGGUCCUGUAAUUUGCUGAAACAUAAGCUGCUCUGCUUGGCCAUCUGGCAGGGAUUUGGGGCAACAGUGACCACAGGGAAGCAGCCCUCAUUGUUUAUUCUGCAUACUUCACUUUUGGGAUUAUUUUAAACUGUACUCAAAAGAAGCUAACUGGUGAAGGAUAUGAUAACUCCUGGCAUUAAUAUUACCAAAUUAUGCUAUGUUCAUUUGAAACCAUGCUUUGUAAAAUUCAUCAUCAACCAAGCAUUGCACAGGCAGGGAGGGACCCAGAGACCUAGAGGAGUCAAGCAGCUGGCUGACCCACAGCAAGGUGGAUGGCAGAGACAUCAGCCAUGCAAUUUGGUGUGGGUGGUGAGGCAGCAGCCCAGGCAGGCACAGAACUGCAAGUGAGGCUGUAUUCCUACAACCAAAAAGACUGACCCACCAGGAGCCCAAGAAAGGCUGGCUACUCUCACUGUCCGUCCUAUGCCCAAACCAGAAAUCUGCCAGUCCCGUCAACCCAGACCUUCUUGUAUCCUGUCAAUCACGCCAACAGGCUCAUCAGUACCUAAAGUGUCUUGAAACUGCUCCCUUCCUUCCAGCACCAUCAUCUGGACUGUCCCAUAAUCUGCUGACCAGUGGUUAGGUCUCUACUCUGAUGCCUCUCAUUCACACUCUACCUCUGCUGUUGGCUAUACCACCAAUCAAAUGCUUCUGCUGGGCACCUUGCAAAGCUGAUACCAAUGCUUAAAGAAUGGUAUUUUUAAUCUUUAGUGGGUAAAAAAUUAUCUGAAGAGCUUACUUAUAAAAGCAGAAUCUAGGUGCCAUCUGCACAUAUUCUGAUGCGGUGAUCCUUGGGCACAUCUUCAGUAGCACUAAUUUGAGGAAUAAAGUCCAAACUCAUUAGGGCACUGAAAUUCAUCAAGAGGGACAAUGCCCUGUAACCUCACAUUGCCCUCUUCCACCCACACAUGUUCUCAUCUGUUGCUCCCCCAGGGGACCACACCCCAGGGUCAACCCAUCUAUUUGCAAGUCCUUGAGAACCCCCUUGCAUGCUAGUCCCUAGUGUUCUUCUGUGGGGCCUCUUCUCUGCCUACAUCACCCCUUUUAGCUCCUUGUGACAAAUUGACCUAGACCAAUUUAGUCAUAUAGUCUUGCUUGGCAGGUAAGGACAGACCCCAACUCCACAUCCUCACCAUAUAAUGAUGAUGAAAGCAACUUACAGGAUUCAAUUUCAGAUGCAUGUAGAUACUUUUUAAUAGGACACAGUUUAACAAGCAGGUACGAGACCAUUCCAACUCUUCUAUGAGUUUGGUGAAGUCCAGGGCUCUGCCUUUUUG